AUGGCGGAGAAGCCGCUUCCCGUUCGCGUUCUCUAUUGCCAGAUAUGCAGCAUGCCUGCGGAGUACUGCGAGUUCAGCCCCGAUUUUGAGAAAUGCAAGCCGUGGCUCGUCGAGAACGCCCCCGAUGUCUACCCCGAUAUCACGAAAGGUUAGCAUCCCCGACCAUACUGGUCGUCCUUCAUCCGUUCGUAAAGGGUUCCGUGCAUUUUCGACGCUGAUCACGCGUCACAGAGGCCAGCGAGAGGGAAUUAGAGAAGGCCGCUGAGAAGUUGCAGUCGACGAAUAUCUCUGGUACUAGUUCCGGCGUUGGUGUUGUGGGUUCUGUUGAUUCUGCAGGUAAAUAAUUUGAAUAAUCGGGCUGUCUGCGUUUUUUCUUCCGUACUUUCCUAUGAACGUUAGGGUUUUUUGUUCUUUAAUUUUAGACUGGCUUCUGAGUUUCAACGUGCUCACAGUAUAAUUAAAUAGAUUCUCAGCUCUAUAAGAGGCUCAUAUGAUUCCCUUUCAUAAUAAAAACAACUAUCAUAAUUCUUAUGGACGGAAAUUUAAUAGUUUAAUGUAACUCAGAAAUACAUCCCCGGACUAAAAGCGAUCUUGGCUUCUAUUCCGAUUUUAGUUUUAUAACGAGGGUGGACAUGCCCUGCAUGUCGAUGUCCGAAAUUAUGUGAACGGGUUAUCUGGACCAGUUGAACCGCAUAAACUUAUUUUCAUGCAACCUCCCUGUGACAUUAGCGAGAUGAUACGAGUCCUAUGAGUUGAGGAAGAAAACCUACCAUUGAGGUCUCCUGCGAAGGUUCUUGGGGGUUUAUUGGGGGGAUUAUAGCUUAGUGAGAAAUUGCAUAUUAUGAGGGACUGAGCUCGUUGGAGACUGAGAAUGGAAUUUUUAUCUAGUUAUGUCAGGUUGGGCUACUGUGUUGAGUGUCUAUGACGUGGAAUGCACAAUGUCGCCUUGGUUCCUCCACCAAUUGCUUUUGUAAAUUGGGUACUGUUUUACUGACCUGCUUUCUGAGGGCAAUGGACAUUUCUUCUAAAGUUUGUUGGCAUCAAGGAAAGGGUGGUUCCUUUAACUUGAAACUCUUGAUUGAACAGACAAGGAAGUGAUCAUGCUUGACAUGGGAUGGCUAAGCUGCAGGACUACAUGGUUGUACAAGUAGUGCUGGAUCAAUCGAUGGCAUGAGCCAGACAUGCAUCCCAAGCUCUGCAUGAAUCUCUUAAUGAUCUGGUGAAAUAUGAGAUAUAGUUAGGCCUCAUCGCUAGCUACUGAUUACUUAGAAUCCUGCCAAACAAUCAGUGGAAUGACCCUUUUCUGUCCUGACGAACGUAGAGAAGUCUUUCCAUUAUGCCCAAUGUUAUGGUCCUGAACAUGCGGUUGCAGCCUUGUUUUCAUUUAAGAUGUCUAUAUUAUGUGCAUGCUGGUCUAGCUGAAAAGUGGUUCUGGUGUAUCGUGACUUUAACAGUAGUAUAUACACACACAUGCAUAAUAUGUUGCAAGACGUUUUUGAUCAGUAAUUCUGUCUUAAAAUUUAAUGACCAGCUAACGGCAUGAUUGGUCUCCUGAAUGGUUGUCCAAUGCUCCAGAGGAGGAAAUGAAUGAAGUGUUCCUUCAUGAUGCAAAUUCUGCAAGUCCUUAACUUCGGCACAAAAAUAUGUUCAAGGAAUUUUUGUUUCAUCACUUGCUGUGAAAUUUAAUGAUCUGGCUGCAUUGUGAAUUGUCGUUCAAUUGAUUGUCACUAAACAUUGAAACAAUCCCGUUAUGCAUGAUGGCCCUCAAUUGAUCCAGGUUAUGUGAGUCAGUUCACGUUGGAUUGAUCCCACAAAGCCAAGGUUGCUUGCUCUUGUUUGAUGUUCACUAGAGAAGCUUUUUCUGAAGAAAGAAAUCUCAGUCUUGAAGUUCAAUAUUUUCUUCUGUAUUUUGAUGUCUAGGGGUAUCAUUUAUUCGCAUGAUUUCUGGCGGUUUUAAUUCUUGGAGCCCUCUGUUUCCAUCCUGCACAUAUUUUCUUCAAAUAUUUCCACCCUGCGAACAUAUUUUUUCCUACAUGUGGCAAGUCCUAGUUCCUCCUCCUUAUGUACAGGUGGUCCAUCAACACCAAAGCCAGAAGAGAUUAAACGUCUCCCAGGUGGUAAAAUAAAGAAGAAGGUAUGGCUGUCUUCGUCUUUUUCUCAUUCUGCUACGAUUUCAUACCGGCCCUACUGUCUCCAGUGUUCUUUUAGUGGACAUAUUUUAUUAUAUUAUAUGCUCUACACCAUGGCAGUUUGUGAGACAAAGAAGUACUGCGACUGGGUUGCUGUGCUCCUCAAACAUAAGCAACAUUGAUUGUAGGAAACUUAGAUUUUAUCAUCCUACCAACAAGUUUCCCUAGGGAGAUAUGCCCGUCUCCUUGGGUUAGCCAUACAUUUUGAUUAUAUUUUCCUUAACCGAUCAUUCUAGAGUGCAGUGUAAGGCUUUUAUUACUAAUAAAGAAAAAGAAAGGCCUUGUGAUCUGCUGCUUACCUAAUACCAAGUUCUCAUUACGUGGUGGAAGAAACCGAGCAGAUGAAAGAUUGAAUGUUGGAGAAUUUUUUCUUGUAGAAAGAUGCUUAGGCUGCAUAUAUUACAUGGCCUAACAGAAUCAGUUUAUAACGAUAACCAGCAUAUCUCUAGGAAUGCUUAUGAAUACUUAUGCAAAUGUUGUGUUAUCUUAGAAGGUCUCUAGGAAAAUGCAGAUUGAUUCAUCAAUCUUUAUAUCCUUCAGUGCAUUAUUCUCCACCAAUUUCUCAAUCAUUUCAGGAGAAGCAAGAAGUUGUCAUAGAGAAGAUUGUUCGGAAUAAGCGUAAAUGUGUGACUGUUGUGAAAGGCCUGGAGCUUUUUGGUGAGCAUCUAUCUCCCUCCCUUUUUCUAAUCUGGGUACGGUGUUUUAUUGUGAUUCUUCGUAUGAUUCAACGAUCUGGACGUGGCUGAUGCGCCUUCAGGUAUCAAACUGAGCGACGCUUCGAAGAAACUGGGGAAGAGGUUUGCCACCGGAGCUUCUGUAGUAAAGGUGCUGUCGAACUCUUCCUCGAGAAACAAAAGGGAGAAUCCUGAGUCUCUAUGUACUCAACCUUGGCUUCUGGUUCGUUUCAGGGCCCCACUGAGAAAGAGCAGAUCGAUGUCCAGGGCGACAUCUCCUUUGACAUUGUCGAGUUCAUCACAGACUCUUGGCCAGGGGUUAGUUUCUCUACGAAAUCCUGCCCUCCCUCUAUUGAUCUGUCCUUCAUUUUUCUAUGGUGGAUUAUUCUUUUCUGUGCCAGUUAAUUACCUUUAAUUUAUUUCAUAGAAAUACUUGCCAUAUUUGACUAUGACAAAAUGGAUUUAUGAGACGGUCCAUUGGGUAGAGAAAAGGGGCUCUGGCACCCCUAGAGUCGAUCCAAUUGAAGUCUGGUUGCAUGAAGAAAACCCAAUAAAAUGGGUUACGCCUAGCCUAGAGAGAGAGAGAGAGAGGACUUGCUCAGUCCGUUGUCACUGAAAAUUAGUGCAAUUUUAUUCUCAGAACUAUAGAUGGUCUUCUUCUUCUUGGGUUUUUCUGUGUUCUUAGACUGCCCUCAUUUCGGCUUUUAUGAACCCGAUCUGACGAACCUGAUGAAGACUUUUAUGGGAAAAAUGAAAUCAUAUGAAAGUGCGGAUGUUUCAUGUGUUACCGAUGAAUGGAAAAAAAGAUAUUUAUUUUUCCUCAAUCCUCAUGUGUUCCUCGCCUUCUUGUGAUCAAAACCGUGAUAGAAAAUAAUAAUAUUUUAUUUCAAUGUGGAUGAAAAAUGAUUUUCAUUAUUCAAAUCAUGAUGUUUGAUCUAUUCACGGCUUGAAAAAAUACAUAUUUUCUGCACAUUCAUGUAAGAUUUUUGAAUCAUAGUCAAAUAUGAUACAUAUUUUCUUUAUUUUUCGUGAAGAAAGGCCUACUUAUGGAUGAAUUUAUGGAGGGAAAACCAAGAUCAUAUUCAAACGUGGAUGGUUGACAUUAUUUUCUUCAUUUCUUGCGGAUAUUUGCCAGAGUAACUGCCUCCGUCGUGUUGUCUCUGAUUCCAGGUGCCUGAGACCGCGAUCUUCUUCAUCGAGGAUGGGAGGAAAGUCCCUGCUGCUUGA